AUGGCCAUAUUAUUAUCUUUGCCCGUGUCUUUGCUCGUUUCAACUCUAAGAUUGAAUAUUACUACUCGGAUGGCGUGGUCAGCUAUGCCAGAAGUCUCGGAUCAAAGUUCGGACUUGAUUUCCAAAAGCGUAAAUUCUGACAGGAAUUUCAUUAUGCAUCUGUUGUCACAAAAUCGAAAUUUAACAAUUUUCGAACGGAACGGAAAUUUGUUCAUCGAUUCUCUGUUGAUUGCUUCACUUGAUAACAACAUAGUUAACACGUUAAAUAUCAAGUGUUCCAAUGAUAUUUCGCUGAGAAUCACAAUGAAUAAUAAUAUAUCAAAAACAGUUCUGUCGCCGUCAUUGUGUCAACAAAAUUCUCAAUUAAAAGUGCAAAUUGGCAAUACAGAGGGAAGCAAAGAACGGUACUUUAAUGGCUGUGUAGGAAAUGUUACCAUUGCUGGAACAGUUUUGUUAGAUCGGUGGUGCAGCGCUGAUGAAAAGUCACAGAAGGCGCAACAACAACAAAAGAACGCAAAUAAACAAUCAGAUGGACCACGUCCUCCGCCACAUUACGUGGAACCAUCGCAUUUUGCAGAACCAUUAGUUUUGGAUGAGGGAGCAAUUGCUCCAAUACAGAAAUGGAAUAUUUAUGCCUUCUCGAGAUAUCAUCACAGCGGCAUUUCAAAGGAAGAUAUGCUCUUCAGGUUAUUGGAACCACCACAGCAUGGACAGUUAUUAAAGUACGGCCAACCAAUAAAUCAAUUUGUUAGCAGCGAUAUUUUAGCUAAUAAAAUAUUUUACAAGCACGACGAUAGCGAAACAAUUAGUGAUAACAUUGGUUUAGAGGCUGUGGUAAUUUCACAAGAAGCGAUAGAACCAAAACGGAACUUGAUUUGUAAUAUACCAGUACGAAUCAACCCUGUAAAUGACGCACCUCAACUGAAACCGGGAACUGAUUCGGAAACGUUAUGGAUAACCGGUGGUUCAAAGCUUAAAUUAGAUGGUAGAGCAAUGAGCCUAUGGGAUGCGGAUAGCGAUCCGGAAACAGUGUACGUUUCUGUUGCCACCGCUCAUGGAGUGCGGUUAGAAAAUUCGGGCAGGAAAGAAAUUCGAAAAUUCACUCAGCGAGACUUUUUAAAUAACGAUAUUCAUAUUAUCCCUACGGGUAGAUUGAGUCAGGAGGGUACGUUGAAACUGAUUGCUAGUGAUGGUAAAAAUCAGUCUGAUCCGCUUCAGUUGACAAUACAUUUUGCACCGAUUGAGAUACAAUUGAAGGCUAACACGGGCCUAAAAGUGAUCCAUCAGACGGCACGUAUCAUCUCAUCCGCAAAUCUGUCGUUUACAACAACCCUUCCUGGAAUACCGAUUGAGUAUACCAUCGUUGAUCAACCGGAAUAUGGUGUCGUCCAAUGUCGCCGUGGGUUGGGGCAAUUUGAAAUUUGUUCGACAUUUAGUCAAAACGACAUCGAUAGUUCAAAUGUACAAUAUAAACAUUCCAGUGCUGCGCAUUCGCUGAUCGAUACCUUCAGUUUUCAGAUUCGAGUUGGUACCACGACAUCAAUGAUACAUGUUUUUCGUAUAACGUUUAUUCCGGUUCACGUUAAAAUUUUUAACCGUAUCCCAUUCCUAUUAAAUAAUACCGACAAUUUACCGUUGAAACGAGAAAAUUUGUUUGCUUGGACGUUUCCCAAAAGUUUUCCAACCAAUCAACUUAUUUACCAUAUCAUUGAACCACCGAAAUUUGGUACUUUACUACGUCGAAUUGAAAAAAAUCGAAAUCGACGAAUUGGCGUUUCAUCGAAUUUUACCCAAAAGCACAUUGACGACAGCGAUAUUAGCUAUAAGAUGUAUUUUGUGCAAUAUUCCAUUGUAAACGAUUUCUUCACUUUCCGGUUGAUCACACCAUCGGUUACCUCGGAGGAAAUUCUUUUCGAGAUAACAUUUAUUCCGGGACAUGGUUCUGUACAACUUAUUAAUCGUACCAUUAUUGUUGAAGAAGGUGGCAUGCAAAAGAUAACGAAUGAAUCACUAUCAUUACGAACUCCGGAUAGUAACAAUUUUGUAUUUACUAUCCGUAACGCACCUGUCUAUGGCAAUAUAUUUAUGAAGAUAGCAAAUGAUGAACAGCUGAAACUGGUCAGUGGUGACAAUUUCACUACUUUGGAUGUUAACAACGGCAAUGUCUUCUACGAACAUAUGGAUGGCGAGAAUCGCAUUGAUAGAGUAUUCUUGUUGGCGGAAAGCACUUAUCAGCGUACAAGUCGAAUACCAUUCUGGCUAACAAUCAGGUUGAUCUUGAAAAAUGACAAUAUUCCAAGACUGGUUGGCAACAAUGUUAUACAAAUAACGGAACGCGGUGACCGUACACUGUAUCCAUCAUUGUUGCCUUGGAUAGAUGACGAUAUUGAUGCCCAACCAUUACAGUUUACUUUUCAUGACAAUUUUCGACAUGCUGCUAUUUUGUCCACUUUUCCGCCAUCUGUACCGUUGUAUAGUUUCACUCAACGACAAAUGCAACACGGGGAAGUGUUAAUAAGGCAUUUCGGAUACAACAAAAAGUUCAAAAUGAACUAUACUGUAUCGGAUGGCGUGCAUGAAGUGCAGUCAGUGGUAGUAAUCGUUGCAUCGGAACCCUUCCUAAGGAUUCAGAAUAGCAAUAUUACAAUUUCGACCAGGAACGGAACAACAGCAGCAAUCCUCGUGCCACUAACAAAUCGCAAUCUUUCCGUUAUAACCAACGUUGAUGGAAAGAAUUCUGACAUUUGGUUUCAUGUUACCACCGAAAAUUGGAUUUUUGUCGGUAAUUCCACCAAGAAACUGGUAAAGAAUUUCACACAACAGGAUAUCGAUGAUGGUCGAAUUUUGUACCGUAUUAUUGCGCCACCACUUGAUGAUAGCCAAAAUGAACAAGUAAUCACUGCUAUGGUUGCGAAUCUAACAGUAAUGGAAAUGUUUAAAGUUUUAAAAAUUCAACUGGAUAAUCAUGGAAGACGUCAUUUGGAAAUGCGCACUUUGACCCCACUGAUUGUUCCUUUCUCAUCAAUUUCGCAAAUUGACAAAAGCAUUCUGCUAGCGACGGCUUCUAACAAACAGCCAAACGAAAUCGUUUUUGAUGUCAUCCGACAGCCAACGCAUGGUUCACUAAUUCUGGAGUCAUUGAGAGCAGUUAAUAAUGGACGCACUGUAAUUCCAAGUAAUUUCUUCGUUUCACGCUUCACGCAAGCGCACGUUAAUGCCGGACAAAUACAAUAUUUGCAUAAUGGUAUACUAUCAACACGUGAUUCUAUUGUUUUCAACGUUUCGACUGAAAACCAAAUGAUCGGGCCAUACACACUGUUUAUCAAUAUUGUAGAUGACAAGAUCGAAUUGUCGGUAUCAAACAUAACAGUUACUUCUGGAUCCAGCACAGUAAUAAGUAAGGAUGUUUUAAAUACAACAGCCGGAACUGAAGACGACAUAGAAUUUUGGAUUUUGUCGGAUCCCGAAUGCGGAUGGAUUAUUCGUGAUGAACGGAACCUAACUAAUAUCAAUACUGUUAGACAAUUCAAUAUUCAAGAACUCAGUGAUCAUCGAAUUCAUUACGUAAAUAAUCCAAUUAGUCGAGAGCAGAGAGACACGUUCACGGUAAUAGCAUGUACGACAGGAGCACAACAGUGUACCGUACCGAAACAAGUAACUGUUUUGGUACGGUAUUAUAAUUUUUACGGAGCAAAAGAUUAUGUUGCAGAACCGGAAUUGCUACGUAACGAAGUAAUGAUAAUAUGGAAUAUGAACAGAGCAGCAAUCACCAAGCAGCACUUAUUUUCACAGGACGACGAUACACCUGCCGAGCAGUUACGAUAUCUUAUCAGUCAACCACUGCAUGGAUAUGUUGCUCGUGUGAAUAAUCCUUCCAAAGCUAUUACAAAUUUUUCGCAAGCGGAAAUUAACAAAUCAGAAAUAAUCUUUGUAAAAAAUGAAGGUACUACAGCAGCUGGUGGAUUUUCAUUUCUCGUAAGCGAUGGUUUUCAUCAAAUUGGUCCUGAAUGGUUUACAGUUGAAAGUUCGCAAGGAUUUAAAGUCACCAUGGACACAAACAGUGGUCUUGUAGUGCCACCAGGAAAAUUUCCUGUUGCUAUCGGAUCUGAUUUAUUAAAAGUUCACAUUGCACGUGCAGAGCCAAGUAAAGUUGUAUAUAAGGUGACGAAAAUGCCACGACACGGAAGUUUGCUGCUUUCGGGCGUUCCUGUCCAGCAAUUUACUCAAGAAGAUAUCAAUCAAGGACGAUUGGCCUACAAAGGAGGUAGUGAUUUCGUAGAUGAGUGGACCAAAAGAGAUCUGUUUCUGUUCAAAGUCUUCAUAAAUGACUCAACGAAUGAUUCAACGAUCGAUGAACAUCGUUUCAAAAUCUCGAUUACCUAUGCCGCCCUGCCGUCACAUCGUCUGCAUGAAUUCAUUCAACUUCGUAGCGUUGUUGUUUCGCGUGGUGGAAGCGUAGCAAUCAAUAAGUCUCAUGUGAACUUGGAUGUGGUACGGAAGCACUUACACGAUGAACUUCUGGUGGACUUUUCACGAAAGCCACGAUAUGGUCAUUUGGAUGUAUUAAAGAGCAUUGUCAAAAAGCCUGCUCUGAUGAAACUUCUUGAUCUGUCAACUGGAAGAUCAUUGAUUUAUCGGCAUCAAAGCACCGAAAUAUUGAUGCCAGAUGAAAUUUUAUUUUAUAUUUUAUCCAAAAAUGACGCUAAUCGUCGAACGAAUCGCUUGCGAAUAAUACUACCGGUGACAGUGAUACCACAAAAAGAUCCAUUCAUGAAGAUUAACAAAUUUCCGGAUCGAAUCAAACUACCUGCAGGAAACAAUUAUUCUCUGUCACCGGAGGUAUUUCAGGCUGCACAUCCAGAGAUUAAACCAACUGAUUUAGAGUAUCGAUUACUUCAGGCAGGAAGUAAUGGAGUGGAAUUUUUGAUGAGUAGUGGAAUGACAAGACUAUUUACUCAAGAUGAUGUAAACAAAGGUAAAAUUCGGCUUUCCCAUCAACAGCAACUCGAUGUCCAUGACAACAUCGAUGUUGUCGUCUUUCAGAUCGAUGAACGUGCAACUGAAUUGGAUGUAAAAUUUAAUCUUUCAAAACGUAUAAACUCCACUCCUUCACUAUUGUCAUGGGCGCUUAUCAUUGAUAUAUUACCGUUGUCACUGUCGCUCGAAAAUCAUUCCGAUGUCGAAUAUACUCAAGGGAAAACUUAUGUGCUUUUGAAUAGAAGUCACUUCGGUGCUAAGUCAGAUGGUGAUCGAUCUAAAAUUGUGUAUAGAAUAACGAAAGCACCAGAAAAUGGCACGUUGUAUUGGGUAGCGGGUGAGAAGGAAGCAAAUACAUUCACGCAGCGUGAUAUUGAUGAAGAACGUGUACUUUACGCGCAACUCAAUAUGCAAGCAUUUCAGGAUAGAUUCGAAUUUAAGGCUGAAAAUGAAUUAAAUGAAACAGUUCAAAGCAUUUCAUACGUGCGUGUACUUCCCGUACUAAAUCCGCAAACCCUUGUUGCUGAUGGUAGUUCAGUUGCGCUUGUCACUGAUGCACACUUAAACGCUUCCACUUUGCAGGGUUCAACUCCAUAUUUCUUCGUCACCGAAUCACCACGCUUUGGUCGUUUUGUGUUAAGCAGUAAUGUCGACCAAUUCGUGGAAUUCUUCACUUAUAAUGAUAUCGUAAAUAAUGGUUUAUUUUACGUACCCAAUCAAACCGAUGUUAUGAUACUCGAUUUUGCUGAGUUAGAACUAAAUGCCGAUGAGAUUCAACCUGCUAGAUUCAGAUUUGAUAUCGAAAUUCAUCCAUCUACUAGAAUUGAUUCCAUUUCUUUAACUGGUACUACUGCGAAUCACUCGGUACCACCUGACUUAUCCCGCUCAUCUAUUAUACCAUUCAGCGAAUUUAUAAAUUAUUAUGUCCUAAUCAUUCUGUUUGCAUUUAUUAUCGGCGUAAUCACAAUUGUCAUUGCAUUCCGACGACAUUUAAGCCAUCUGAAGGAAAUACGUGUAGUGAAUGCACAGAAAAGAUGUGAAUUAGACGCGAAAACGAAGGCGGAUCUCGAAAAGAAACCUGAUUUGCUGAGUACUACGGUCUACGCUACAAUAGGGCGCAAUCGUCGCGAACCCUCCGAGAAACGACCUGAGCAUCCGCUACAAACAUUCGACGGUUCAAAACAUUAUGCAUCUUUGGCUCCGACGCCUACAUCUCACCGAAUCCAGUCCAGACCGUUCUCUGAUGAAUCUUUAGAUUAUCGGGCGUUAAAUGUUCGGAAUACUCCAGAAUUGAAUAGGUCGAAGUCUGAUCGAUAUCACUCAACGAGGUUGAAAGAUAAUCAAUAUUGGGUAUAA